AUCCCGCAGCGCAGGCGCAAAACGCCGCCACGCUGUGCACGCCAGUCGGGAGGAACACGGCUCACGUGACCCCUGGCGGAGCGCGUGUGGCUGGGACUCGGAUGGAGCAGGGAGCCGAGGCGGCGAGCGGGCCGGCGGGGAGCCCGGGGCUGGCCUGCGGCAAGCGGAAGAUGGCGCUGCACGGAUGUGAAACCUGUAGUGGAGAGGAAGCAAAGUACAGGUGUCCACGUUGCAUGAAAUACUCAUGCAGUUUGGCGUGUGUGAAAAAGCACAAAACUGCACUGAGUUGUAAUGGAAUCCGAGAGAAGGCAGCAUUUGUCUCCAUAAAUGAGUUUAGCGAGUUGAAUCUCCUAAGUGAUUAUCGUUUUCUGGAAGAUGUAGGAAGGAUGACUGAUGGUGCUGCUCGAGAUGUUUCCUUGCAUAGACCAACAACCAAUAAAUUUGUGAGUUUCAAGUUACCUUUUUGGUUAGUUUAAAGUGGAAAUGAGGCA